CGCGCGUGUCUGUGAGCCGGGGGGCAGCAGUGCUUCGCCGGGUAACACGUUCAGCUCCAGCCUGUCACUCCAGCGGCCAGCCAGACCGGAUGAGCUGCUUACAGCUCGAGUCAAUACGCGGAAAAUCCUCCCCUCGCCCGCUCAUCCUCGCAGAGCGAGCGAGAGACGGAGAGAGAGAGGGAGGGAGGGAGAGAGAGAGGGUACAGACAGGGAGGGGGCGAGGAAGGUGGAAUCAUCGGAAAAUCCAAGAAAGGCGAGUCGGUCACAUAUGAAUGUAUUUAUUUUUUAUUUGUAAUCUCUAUUCGAAAGCCUUGUAUUUCCCGGCCGUUAAUUGCUCCCUCUAUCUAUUCCGCUAUAUCUGUAUCAUGCUCCUGUAACCAGCCGCUAUUCCGGCUCCGGCGAUCCUGAGAAUAUAAUAACCGGGGGAAAAAAGAGAGGAGAGAGAAUAGCGAACUAUGCACAGAGGAUGAUUUCCACAAGGAGAACUCCGGAGAAAAGUAAAUACCCCCUGCACACCUUGGUGUGGUACAACAGGCAUCGCCAGCUGGAGAAGGAGCUGACCGCGGAGGAGCAGGUAAGGCGCAGCUCGGCGCCCCAGUCCGCGGGGCUGGGGCGGUGUAGCCGGGGGGCCGCCCAGGCUGUGGGGAAGACAGCGCGAAAAGCGGUGGCGAACGAUUUCGGGAUCGAGGGAGUCUGGUCUGAUAGAGCGGCAUCGUCUGGCGUUUCAUCGAGAGGGGCGGCACGGCAGCAGACACGAUGUCGCUUGCCGGCUGGGGUCUCCUGUCACUAUCGCCGCACGCAGCCGCGAUGCCGCCGGUGCAGAAAUGCAACUGAGCGUCGCCAAGGCUGUCCGAGCGGGGCUCGGGGCUCGGAGGCGGGGGACCGGCAGACCGGUAACGGCUUCGAAUUGCAUCGGGAGCCUCCGCGCUCGCAACCCCGAAAAACACAACGGGCUGCCAUCGCCCGUCCGCUGCCUGCCUUCUCCGCGGCGCGGGUCCGAGAGAAGUUGGCGACGGUCCUGCGGCUCGCGAGCCGCGCGAGGCAGUGCGGUGCAGCCCGGCAGGUGGGCGAGGGGCAGCGCGUGGACGGGCGAGCCGGCACCUCGCGGCACGAGCCGUGUGGCAGGCUGGGGCUGUGGCAGUGCGUACUUAGUAGGCUGAGCCAUUAUUUCCCUGAUGGGGUGGAGCUGCCCCCCCACGAGUCUGAGAGCUCAGGUGCCCCCGUUCACAGAGCGCUGGGUGCUGUGCGUGAGUGUGUCGCCCCGACAGCCCCCGAGCCUGUGCCUCGAAGCAGGAAACUGACCCCCCCACUCUUUUCCCGCCUCUCCCCCUCCUGCUCAGUGCUGCAGGAAGCAGUCAGCACCCGCGACCCGGAGCUGGUGAGGCUGGUCCUGCGUUACCGGGACUACCAGCGGACCGUGAAACGGCUGGCGGGCAUCCCCCUGCUGCUGGAGAAGCUGCGACAGGCACAGGAUUUCUAUGUGGAGAUGAAGUGGGAGUUUACAAGCUGGGUGCCCCUGGUGUCACGGAUCUGCCCCAGCGACACGUACCGCGUGUGGAAGAGAGGGCAGAGCCUGCGGGUCGACACCACCCUGCUCGGCUUCGAUCACAUGACCUGGCAGCGCGGUAGUCGCAGCUUCAUCUUCCGAGGUCAAGGUGAGACCCGCUCCUCCUCCUCCUCCUCCUCCUCCCUGCGCUCCUGCCUCGCCCCCGAGCUCCUUCCACUCGAACCUCUCUCCCGUUCUUCAGAGCCACUCCUGCGGAGUAAGAGAGUGGGGAACAGGAGAGAGGUGGAGGGACAGGGACACAGGGAGACGGGGCAGCCACAAGCCAGGAGUCUCCCAGUGAACAGCAGUGACAGACUGAACCAGCUGCUCUCCUCUCUCUCACUGUGCCUCAGGAACAAGACAGGGAUUCUGGGCUGGAGAAGCGAGAAGACCGAGAUAGUGAAUGGAUACGAGACCAAGGUGUAUGGUGCCUCCAAUGUAGAGCUCAUCACUCGAACCCGCACUGACCACCUCGCUGACCAGCACAAGGGCAAGAGUAGAGGUAUCCCUGGCCCCUGGCCCCUGGCCCGCGUCCCACCCCGUCUGUCCGUGUGUGUGCUCUGCCGGUGUCCGGAGUCACUCCUGUCCGUCCGGACUGACUGCCCCUGCUGGUUUUCCUCUGCUGGUGCCCGUGUGUCCACCUGUCUCUCUGGGGUGGGUGACCCCCCAGCCCCUUCACAAGACCGAGCAGGAUUCCCCACGGCCUCUGAGCAACCUCGUGCCAGAAGAACCGAAUUUCUCAGGAAAUCACUAAGGACACACACUCGUCUUACAUCCCAGCCCUCUCACGUCUCUCCUUGUCUGUCCUCUUGUGUCUCCACAGAGAUUCCCAUCUACCACAUCCUAAAUGCGCGCAUCACCUUUGGCAACCUGAACGGCUGUGAGGAAGGGGGCGGCUGGGCCAGGGACAGCCCCAGCACAGACACCCCCUCCCCGGGUAGCGACUCCUCCAGCGUCAGCAGCUCCAGUUCCACCACCUCCUGUCGCGGCGGUGAGAUCCCAGCCUGUCUGUUCGAGGUGCCGCGCGGGUACACUGUGCUGGGCAGUCACCGUGACAACCUGCGUGAGGAGGAGGAGGACCUGCUGCAAUUCGCCAUUCAGCAGAGCCUGCUGGAGGCCGGCAGCGAGUAUGACCAGGUGACGAUCUGGGAGGCGCUGACCAACAGUAAGCCCGGCACCCACCCCCUGUCCUGUGACGGCAGUCGGCUCCAAAGGACUCCUCAGCACAGGCCCCACCCCCAGCCCAGCCCCCACAGCACUCCAACCAAUCCGGUGCUGAGGAGCUACGAUGAGCAGCUACGGUUGGCUAUGGAGCUCUCGGCCCGCGAACAGGAAGAGGCGGAGCAGCGGCAGCGGCAGGAAGAGGAGGAGCUCGAGCGCAUAAUCCAGCUGUCACUCAUGGAGAAAUAGCAAUGAUAGGGCACCUACCUGUACGAGAGGGGUGGAGUCACCAGGCACAAGUUGGGAGUGGGAAAGGUAGUCACACACUGGGGUGUGAGCAAGAGACAUCUUCCAAAAUCAAGAGGGGAAAAUACCAGGCCUUCCCCCGCCACCUCCAUCCCCCUCCAGGCCACAACCCUUAAACCUCAGCCUUGCUCUGCAGACAGAGGCCCCAGCAGGAGAUCUUGGACCAGCCCAACCUACCGACUCUACUGACAGAGGACUUGAACUACAACAAAAGAGAUACACCUCAAAAUGUUUUGAGCCCCUUCGAGGCAUGCUGGAGCCCAGUCACACCUGGAGUUAAAAGGACAUCCCACACGCAGGGCUGCAGACAUCCCGAAUCUUAACCAUUAAUGUUACAUUAGUUCACCAGACCGGUGAUCCCCACUCCUGGUCCUGAAGAGUCACACGAGCUUCUGAAAUCUUGGAGAUUUUCAUUGAGCCUUUUGUUGAUCAAUUGGUCUAAGUUACUGGUUUCUGGCUUUCAGGCGACCAGAGCUGAAACCUGCAGGCCUCGACCUGUCCAAGGUGAGGGAAGGCGUUCUGCGGAAGUCUUAGCCAUCACUAGGUGUGUGAGUUUAGCAAACUCAGAGGAGGUCCAGCAGGCAUAGUUUUACAAGCAAUACUUAUUGCACUUUUAAUCUUGUACUCGUCUUCCCUAACUCCACUUCCCACUGAACGCAGGCAGCAGCGGCGUGUUGACGAGCCGAUCGGGCGGUUCAGGCUCACAGCCCCUGUCCUGCUCUGGGGUGCCUCCAGGUGCGACUGGGCUCCUGCCUCUCUGCCGGGGGCUCCUAGCAGGCGCUGGGUUGAGGGCGAGGUCUUCUGGAGGACUAGUGGGAUGAGUUUCAAAGCUUUUUUCGCUCCAGUGCAGGAUCUGCCUAACUUUUUCUACCUCUAUGUGAAAGUGCAGCUGAUUUUCAAAACCACGUCCGAGUGAACAAACAAAACACACACAAACGCCGACAACAGAUAUUUCUUUUUUUCCAGUCGUUCGUGUUGCCUUCUGCUAGGUGUUACGGGGACUUCUCAGAAAAAAGGAGAGCAGAAAUGAGCUCUUGAGCCCACCAAAAACGAAAAGCUUUGAAAAGUCAGCCCAGUGAGCCUGGCCAUAGAGGCCCAGGGAGCAGACAGCACCCCUGCCCUGGGAACACGACCGGAAUCUCAGGGUGACACCCCGUUCUGGAACAUGAAACCCUGGGGAGAGACCAGCAUGUCGAGUGAACCCUCUUCUGCUUUGUUCUCCAUUUGAAAGAAAAGUUUGCUUCCUUUGGCUUGCGAUGAGUUAGCAGGCGGUCCGUCUGUCUGGUCCUCAGUUCUGGUGAUCUUUGCCAUCGGGGCGGUAGCAGAAACGACUAGGGGAUUCGCAGAAUUUAAUGGAUCUCCUGUGAGAACAAAUGUGAAAGAGCCCCCCCCCUGCUCUGUGCAGGGAAACUCCAAGCUACAAGUCGAGACAACGGAACACAGCAGAAUCUACAGGUCUGCUUCCGAACGAGAAAUGUGUCAGUUCAGAUGAGGACAUGUAGGAAACUGGAGAGGCUGUAGUCUGCUCGCCAGUCCUUCAGCUGCAGAACAAUCCCUUAAUCCAGCUUGGGCCAGUCCUUUCCCUCCACCCCAAGGCUUUAAUCAUCUAAUUAACUGAUCUGAUUAUUGGCAAUUGCAUCGGAAUCAUCGAGGUCCGCAGCCCAGCCUGCAUCCUGCAGAGCUGUGACUUGUGCUGGAAGCCAGCAGUCAGGGCGAGAGGCUGUGUGUCUACGAACAGGGACCCGUCCCUCCUCCAGCUCUUCAGAGCUUUGUAACACUGAGCCAUUUUUUUCACCCCCGCCGGGGGGGGUUUCUGUUCGGCCGCAGGCCUGUCGCCCCCUGCUGGGCGCCAGGCGAGGAGCGUCUCUCCGCCCUCCCCGCCCCGCAGUGCCUCAGUCGGUGACGCGGCUGGGGUCCAGACCUUCCUCGCGUAGGCCUGGCUCUUGUUCCCUCGGGCCGGGAGAUCAGGGUGGGGCCAGAUCGCAUCAACGCGGCGACGUCUCGAUGCUGCAAUUGAAACUCCUCCUGCCCGGGCCUGCACAGCCCCCCUCCAGCCACCACCACGCACCUCCCAGCAGGUCCAGGGGGUCUGGUCCUGGGGCAGGCGCUCAGGUGGGCAGGCCUGGACCUUGCACUGAGCACAGUUUCUCCGUUUCAUUCCCCCGUCUUCUCUCCUCGGGGUCUCAGAAUUGUUUCACGCACACCGUACCUUAAACCAAGAGCAGUUGGUGUAUGCGACCAAACAGAAGAUCUGAAGAAAUCUGAGUAAAUGAUUGAGAAACUCAAGUUGGAACAUAAAAACCCCAGGACCUGUUGUCGCAAACGGACUGCUGUCAGUGACCCCACGGUUCAUUUAGAUGAUCACUUAGAUACAAUCUGUGGUGCAAACGGGCAAUGUUCUUCUCUGAACCACCUCUCUCUCAGAAGAGGAAAGUCCUCAUUACUGGGUUUUCUUUUUUUCGGCAUCUCUGUGCACAUUAACUUGCUGUGUGCCUUUCUGAGAUGCUGGUCCUGAGUGGCCAGGGCAGGUGAGGGGCGAAAACAGGGAGACCUGGGUGCAGUGUAUGACGUGUCCAGCAGGAGGCGGUGUUUGCUUCCCCCCAUGGUAAAAACUAAUGAGGGGGUCAUCUUGACUGUGCUCACAGAUGCAGUCAGUUACUGCACAGUCCGUUCAGCAUCCAGAUCCACAGGCACGAUUCUCUCAUACUGUGCCUGUGGACUUGAAUACAUAUUAUCCCAGCCACUGAAAGUCAGAACGCUGGACGCCAGGUUCACCAAGACCUUCAUUAUGAUUCCUCAGAUCACACUGCUGCUCUCAUUCAAGGCCUUAUAAUAAUUUUCCUAAAUACAACUUUAUAAAGAAAAGGAAAGAACCAGUAAAAUCUAAACUGAUAUUUAGAAAUCAAUUUAUAAGAAGUGUGAAAGCAGUUUAUGGGCAGGUACUGAAAGAAUAUCAGUAACAGGUUGAGUUAAGCUGAAACCAGUGAAUUUCAAACACGUGAUGGUGAAAACGAUGGAGCCCUCUUGCUCCAGGUGGUAGUGAGGCUGAUGUGGUGGGAGGAGCCAAGACCUGACCCCGCCCCUUACUUUCCCUUAUAUAGCAUUUCCUCUGAACCGCUGCUCCAGUCUGGACACGUUCUCACUGCACACUGUGCUAAGGUGUCCUCUAGUGUGGAGGUGCCCCAGCUACAGACUGGGGUGUAAACCAGUACCUUUCUCGCUUUUUACAGGGCUCCUCCUGAUGGGAAAGCCCUGAUGGUACAUAGAAUUUAGCCUUUUUUAGUUGUCUUUCAGAGUGCUGCCUAUAGCAUUCCCACGAUUCCCCCACUCCUGCAGUGUUGCCAUGGUGCCCUCAGUGCUGUCGUGUGACAGUGUUAUGGGGCCCUGUGCUCUGUAGUUUGUGGGACACUGUCUAGUUUAUUAUUAAGGGAAUCAAUAAGGAAACUACUGUACUGCACUGAUCUGCCUUCUCCUGUGUGUGAGGAUGUUUAAUGUCAAGAAAUAGGAAACACGUGUUUACAAGACCCACAGUCCAAAAAUAACUGAUGAACAACAAGGUGGAAAGGCCAGCUGACAGCCAGACCCCACAGCCCGGGGGAAGGCUGUGUAGGUCUGUUUUAAUAAGGGCUGCAGCUGCAGUCAGCAAUCUGGUGGGGGUGUUUUUUUUUUUUUAAAUAACAAUAAUAAUGUUGAUGAAAAAAAAGAUUUUUUAGAACCUUCUCUCUGCUACUGAUGUGUGGAGUGUCAGGCAACACUGGUGUAUUUGUGGAACUGUGUGAGAUGGUGGAAACUGAAAUAAACACCUUUUAAACAUU